UUCACAAGUAGCAGCAGACUUCAGAGAGCCGCCGGCUUCACUGGACUUCUUCCUCCUCCGGUGCGACGACCGAGCCGAGAACAUGGCCACGGAGCCCAACGACAGCGCCUACGACUACUACGACUACGGGGACGCCCCCAACUCCACCAUGUGCGACUACUCGGAGUGGACGCCGUCGUACGCCGUCAUCCCCGUGCUCUACAUGCUGAUCUUCAUCCUGGGCCUCUCGGGCAACGGCGUGGUCAUCUUCACCGUGUGGAAGGCGCAGGGCAAGCGGCGGGCGGCCGACGUCUACAUCUGCAACCUGGCGCUGGCCGACCUCACCUUCGUGGUCACGCUGCCGCUGUGGGCCGUGUACACGGCCAUGGGCUACCACUGGCCCUUCGGCGUGGCCCUGUGCAAGAUCAGCAGCUACGUGGUGCUGCUCAACAUGUACGCCAGCGUCUUCUGCCUCACCUGCAUGAGCUUCGACCGCUACCUGGCCAUCGUGCACUCGCUGUCCAGCACGCAGCUGCGCACGCGCGGCCACAUGAAGAGCUCCCUCGCCGCCAUCUGGCUCCUGUCCAGCCUCCUGGCCGCCCCCACGCUCAUCUUCCGCACGCUCGUCCGCGACGCCGGCACCAACCGCACGUCCUGCGCCAUGGACUUCAGCCUGGUGCUGACGAGCAAGGAGCAGGAGAACCUGUGGAUCGCCGGCCUGAGCAUCUCGUCCUCGGCGCUGGGCUUCCUGCUGCCCUUCCUGGCCAUGAUGGUGUGCUACUGCUUCAUCGGCUGCACCAUCAACCAGCACUUCAACACGCUGCGCAAGGAGGACCAGCGCAAGAAGCGGCUGCUGAAGAUCAUCACCACGCUGGUGGUGGUGUUCGCCGCCUGCUGGAUGCCCUUCCACGUGCUGAAGAGCGCCGACGCCCUGUCCUACCUGGACCUGUUCCCCGCCACCUGCGCCUUCCUGCGCUUCCUGCUGCUCGCCCACCCCUACGCCACCUGCCUGGCCUACGUCAACAGCUGCCUCAACCCCUUCCUCUACGCCUUCUUCGACCUGCGCUUCAGGUCCCAGUGCCUGUGCCUGCUCAACCUGAAGAAGUCGCUGCACGCCAGCCCCGCCGGCUCCCUGUCGUCCCAGAAGACGGAGGCCGCGUCUCUGGCCACCAAGGUGUGACGACCGCCGGGGGCCCCGGAGGCAUUCUGGGGACUGUGAACAAUGCAGAGCGAUGCAGGUGGAGCCAGAUCGCGUGGGGUCGGCUUCUGUGGACCACUGUAGGCCUCUGAGUGACGACCGGUGGUCCUGGGAGGACCGCGCUCCAUCUGCUGCCUCGCAUUCAGUUGCUGGGGACGCACAAGUGAACCGUUAAACCCAGCAAAGGGGACCAAGCGCAAAGCAGACUGUUUAAAAAUGUAUCUUAAAGGGACAUGAUCGCAUGCUUCUCGUGGUUCUCCUGUGGCUUUGAACUCUGACACCCUGUCCUCCAGCGUAUUGCCCAUGCUGUUCUUGUUGUAAUUGGUAAGCACUUGAGGUGUGACCCGUGUGCACGUGAGCGAGCGAGUGUGUGUGUGUGUGUGUGUGUGUGUGUGUGUGUGUGUGUGUGUGUGUGUGUGUGUGUGUGUGUGUGUGUGUGUGUGUGUGUUGUAAGGGUGUGCCAGUCGAUGCGAGGUGUUAGAGUCUGAUAAGGGGCUGUAAGGAGAGACGGGGGCAGCGUGUGGGGGGUGGGGGGUCCAGACAGACGGACAGAUGGCAGCUGACAAAUGUUUGCAGGCUGGCGGAGGGCCCAAUUAAAAGGUGACUGCUUCGACAGUCUGCCCGUGUGUGUGUGUGUGUGUGUGUGUGUGUGUGUGUGUGUGUGUGUGUGUGUGUGUGUGUGUGUGUGUGUGUGUGUGUGUCGGAACGUGUCUGUUUCUGACAAAUAUAUGAAAGCAUUUCUGAGAAUACUUAUUUGGAAUUCAUGUCAUCCGUGAUUUUUUUUAUUAAAAACCAGUGUUCUGAAAACUC